AUGGCAUCGUUAAAAGCCCAGAAGAUCGCUUCGACCCCCCAAAAGUCCCCUGCUGCGCCCGCUCCUCUCGAGGAAAGCCCAGGCAUUUGGCGCCAUCCCCGACUCGCAGAAAUCACUAGCCGGCAGCAAGCAACCAGCUUUACUGAGAAAAACUUGAAGGCCAUAGUGUACAAUGUCGUUGGGUGGAUGUUGCUUGCCGUCCUGAAGGCGACCGCAAGGAAAUACUUGCCAACCCCAGCUCCGAACAUCAAGACCAUAUCGACCAACUUCUACUACCUUCUACUUCUUGCGCCCAUCUACAACAUUGUUACUGCAUUCUGGCCUCUGAUCCGAGUGCUGAUAUGGGGGAAAGAUGAACUCGCUGACAUACCCCUGACGCCGGGCCAACGAAAGCUCCUUGGUCUUCCUCCGUCAUCUGCACCUCCCACCCCGGGAUCCGCAUACAGCACGCCGCCACGAUAUUCGCGCACCCCUUCGAUAUCGGGAUCAGCUGGAAGCAAGCGAAGCUUCUCGGGCGACUCGCCUCUGUCCAACCGCGGCAGCCUCUUUAAUGGGAAUGGAAGUGGCGGCAACAGCAGUGGCGCUUUUGGAGGACCAAUAUCUCCAUUCUCGCCAGGGAACAGCCCGCUGUUGCAGAAAGCCAUGCAUGGAGCACGACGGUCGUCGAUAGGUUCGGCGAGUCCGCUGGCUGCAAGCUUCGGUACUAGUUUCGGUGCAAGCACGUCCUCGUCCAUCUUUGGCGGGGGAAUCGACAGUCCCAGCCCGAGCCCUGCCAACGGCAAGAGAGGUAGUCUGGCUUUGAACAACAAGUGGUUGUACGAGAGGGGAAGGAGAAGUUCCGGUAAUACAUGGCUCCAUACUUAA